GCCCACGCACACAUAUUGAUGCUAGUGACCAUGAAUGCUAUGACAUUUUAGGUCCAAAAGGACAAACUAAACCACAAAAAUAUUACACUACUACCAAGAGUAUGGCUAACACAACAACAACAACAACUACUACAAAUCUCAAAUUCCAAAUCCAACACAUUAAACCCAAACGCCGUCGUUGCCGUGAAACCACCAUUACUACUACUACUAGGAACACUAACCCCUCUAAUUCUUCACCCACCGACUGUUCGACAAAAUGCCUCAACGAAACUCGUGUAACUGAUACACCCACUAUUGUCUCUCCUGAUAACUCAUGGUGUUUCCAAGUCUCUAAAUCGGCCGCCCCUCCGCCGUCUCCGCCGCCGCAGUUGCCGUUUGCCGAUACCAAGAUUCGUUAUUCACCGACUACAUUCCCCGGAGUUAUGGAAUCUUUAGGGAGCAAUUCCGCCACCCUUUACGGCGGUGGAGCUGGUGGUGGUGGUACUCCGGUGACAAACAACAAUACCCACGAAGGAUUUCCGUCGUCGUUUAGUAAAUUCAACUCUGCGUUAACAGCGGGUCUGCUAAAUCCAAUGUCACCGCCCCCUUCAAUGGACAAUAAGACCCGUUCUAGUCCAACCCUUUUCGAAAUGAUGGCGAAUGAACCCGAAUGUAUUACCAGAUCAACAAUCAACACACCCAUUCUGAACAAUACCCAAAAUCAGAAACCUUCUCCUUUUAUCCAACAGGAUAAACACGCGUUAAUGCAACAGCGUUUAUUGGAUCUUUUAGCUUGUAGAAGUCCAGGGAAUCAGUUUAAUGAUUCGGGUUCGAGUGAUGUGAAGUUGUCAUUGAGUUCUAAGGAUGGUUUAAGUGUUGCUAUGAAUGUUCAUAGACAGAUCUUGGUGGUUCAUAGUCGCUUUUUUGCUGUUAAGUUAUCGGAGAAAUGGGUGAAGCAACAGAGGAAUUCAGGUCCUUACAUUGUUGAGAUUGCGGAUUGUGAUGAUAUUGAAGUGUAUAUUGAAACUUUGAGAUUGAUGUAUUGUAAGGAUUUGAGGAGAAGGCUUAUGAAAGAAGAUGUUUCUAAAGUCCUUGGGAUCUUAAAGGUUUCUGCGGCAAUUGGGUUCGACGCCGGGGUUUUAUCGUGCCUGGAGUACUUGGAAGCUGCUCCUUGGGCUGAGGAUGAAGAAGAAAAGGUAGCUUCACUGUUGUCUGAGCUCCGUCUUGAAGGGGUAGCUGCUGGGGAAGUUUUAAGAAGGGUAUCUCUUGAUGUUACAUCGGGGACAGAGAGUGGGAAUGGGAAUGAGGAAGUGCUUCUCAAGCUAUUGCAUGUGGUUCUUGAAGGGAAGGAUGAGAAGGCGAGGCGAGAGAUGAAAGGUUUAGUAUCCAGAAUGUUGCAUGAGAAUUCAUCUCAUAACGACUUGAGGAAGGAAUCACUGUAUUCAGCUUGCAAUGCAUGUCUGCAAUUGCUCCGCCACCAUUUUUUACGGGCAGCAGAUGCAGACAUGAUGGAUGUGGGUCAGAUUGCACGACAGGCUGAUAAUCUGCAUUGGAUUUUAGAUAUCUUGAUUGAUAGACAGAUAGCUGAAGAUUUUUUGAGGACUUGGGCUUCUCAGUCUGAAUUAUCUGCGGCACAUCCUAAGGUGCCUGCACUUCAUAGGUAUGAGGUAAGUAGAGUUACAGCUAGACUGUUUGUUGGUAUUGGUAAAGGGCAGUUACUAGCUUCCAAGGAUGCUAGAUGCUCUCUUUUGCAGACAUGGUUAGUGCCAUUCUACGAGGAUUUUGGAUGGAUGAGGAGGGCAUCAAGAGGUCUUGACCGGCAUUUAAUUGAGGAUGGUCUCAGCAAUACUAUCCUGACCCUACCAAUGGUAUUGCAACAAGAAAUCCUAAUGUCUUGGUUUGAUCGGUUUUUGAACUCUGGUGAUGACUGCCCAAAUAUCCAGAGGGGAUUUGAAAUUUGGUGGAGAAGGGCUUUCUGGAAGCGAAAUGGUGAGCCUGAACGCUCUCGUCAAAUGCGUGUCAUGACUGCAACAAUUGAGCACUCUUGAGACUUAAGCUGUGAAUGAGAUGAGGGCCAUGGCCAUUCAAUGAUUGAGUUGUUUCAACUCUUGCUAUCCUCAGCCCUCAUUUUAUGCCAAUUCUUUUUUGUCUUCUUACUUUGAAACCAGUAGCACAAUUCAAUACUGCGGAGUCAAACUUACAGAGAUGAUCAUGAUCCAAGAUUUAAUCUGGAAGAAAGCAGGCAUUUUUUUUCUGUUUAGUGUCAUGUGAUAUGACUAUAGUUUCUUUCUGAUCCCAUGUAGAGCUCUCCUGUCUGUUACUGAAUUUCCUGAAUCAGUGGUUUUAUCACAAAGGUUCAUCCUUACUUGAAAGUAAUGCGACGUCCGGAAUGCUAAAAUUCGGUUACAGGGAAAAUUCAUAUGUUCAGUAUAGCAAGACAUGGAUGACAAAUUUAAGAAAGUUAACAAAGUUCAGGUAAUUUGGGAGAUAAGGGUGAUUGUCACUACUUAUGACCAAGGGAAAUUGCUAUUGAUUUAAUGAUGACGAUGCCAAGGAUUGCAGCAAACAUGAUGAAUUCCUUAUUGUCUUCGGUCUUUCAUCUAUCUUGAGAUCAUCAGCUGGCAAGUGUGGAAGCAAGACUGAUCAUUUUUGCCUUUCUGGUUGCUAAUUAAAUUCAUUUUGUCUAUUCCCUUUGUGAGCCAUUUUGGUUACGAUUAGAUUCACUGUUUUUCGCUCAUGUGAAUACUGCUGCACCAUAUUCCUCUCUAUUAACUUUGAAGUUCUUCAAUGUUCUCACCCCUUGCUGGACAAAUUUUCUGAA